GGACCAGUACGAGAAUCUAUCCCUGCACACACAAAAAGGGAUAGAGUUCCUCGAAAGGUAUGGCCAUUUCAUUCGCGACAGAUGCGCCAUCGAGGUGGAAUAUGCUGCCAAACUCAGGUAUAGUCCAUGCCGAGCGUUCAAAAUGGAGCUGAACGAGGUAAACGAUCAGGCAGGACAGAGGGAAGUAAUCGCGGAGAAUUUACAGGCAAACGUGCUAAGGGAAUUGAAUAUUCUCGUGAAGGAUUUCAAGGAGGAUCGUAAAAAGCAUCUUCAGGAAGGCGCCAGAUUGAUGGCGAACCUGACCGGUCAGAUUGGAAAUCUGGAACGUGCUAGGAAGGCCUACGAAAAAGCUUUCCGCGAAGCGGAAAGAGCAGUGGAGAAUUAUCAGAGGGCAGACGCCGAUUUGAAUCUUUCGAGAGCGGAAGUCGAGAAGCAGAGGAUGAACAUGACUUUGAAAACACAGCAGAGCGAGGAAGCGAAAACCGAGUACGCGAAUCAGUUGCAGAAAACAAACGACAUGCAAACGCUACAUUAUCACACGGCCAUGCCAGAAGUAUUCCAACACCUGCAGGAGCUCGAUGAAAAAAGAAUAAAAAAUAUGCGAAACUAUAUGCUGAAAUCCGUAGAAAUAGAACGAGCAGUGGCUCCGAUAAUCGCUCAAUGUUUAGAUGGUAUUGAGAAAGCGGCAAAUGAGAUCAAUGAAAAAAAAGACACAUUAUUGGUAAUCGAACGUUACAAAAGCGGCUUCCAGCCACCGGGAGAUUUUCCAUUCGAAGACCUUUCCGUAGCAAAAACGUAUGAUAGCAAUAGUCAGCUGUCACAGCCGGUGAUGCAGCCAAUACACAAUCAUCACUUAACAGCGAAGGGUACCGUUUCCGGUAGUAAAAUCAAGAAGAGAGUUGGUCUAUUCGGAAUAUUCAGUAGCAAUAAGAACAACGUGGCUGGAUAUGGCGACGGUGCAAAGGAGGAUUGCAGCGACUUACCUCCAAAUCAACGCAAAAAGAGACUGCAACAGAGGUUGGAUGAAAUUCAAGCGAAAAUUCAGCAAGAGACUGCAGCUAGGGAUGGCUUGAUGAAGAUGAAGGGCGUGUACGAGCAAAAUCCUGCAUUAGGUGACCCGAUGAGCAUAGAAGGACAAUUGAACCAAUCGAGCAACAAGCUAGACAAACUCGGUGCAGAAUUGACAAAGUUCCAGGGUUAUCUUGAGGAAGCAAUGCGCGCCGGCAUCAGUUUAUCCAGCCCCAGUCAAGCACCACGAAAACCGACUAGUAAUGGUUCUGCAACGAGGCCGCUAAGUUCAAGAAGAUCCAGUCAUUCAGGAGGAGAGGAAAGUCUUUCAAGAUCGGCGUCUGAUUCAAGCGUAAGCAACACGAAUGCUAAUCAACCAAUGCAUAAGAAAAGUGCUCCGGGUACGCCCCAGCCAACGCACGGAUCAGAAUUUUUAACUAAACCAAUUAGACACGCUUUUCGCUUUACGGUACUGAUGCACAGUUCCACGAAUAGCCCGGAAUCUGGUCUUGGAGAAUCGAGGACAUCGCUUCCUGGUAGUGGUGGAGAAGAAUAUUACGUUGAUGAAAUUGAUGCUCAACCACCAUUGGGAACGUGUAGAGCUCUUUAUCCUUUCGAUGCGACUAGUGAAGGCUCAAUACCUAUGUACGAUGGAGAAGAGUUGUACAUGAUUGAAUUAGAUCAGGGGGAUGGGUGGACUCGUGUUCGUCGUAUUUCACAACCAAUCGAGGGUUUUGUACCUACAUCUUACAUAGAGUGUCAUUUGUAUAACACUUAGCCACUUCUUUUAGGACGUUAAACAAUUGUGAAGUGGUGAAGUUCUAAAGUUAUUUAUGCUAUUAGUUCGAUAUGAACGAUUAAAAAUAGCAAUUCAUGUGAGUGUAAGUGAGGGUUCUGUGUUGGUUAAAUGGCACAAAAUUUCAGGAUAUACUCUGGUCAAAUCAUGGGCCUAAAUGUCAAUGAUGUUAUGUAAAUGAGAAUUAAUAUGUGCCAAUAUUCUGAUUUUUGAGAGAGUUCAUGACUCAUCAUCAGAUUCAGUUAUUCCAACACACUUCUCUCUAGCUUCCAUUAGCUUCUCGCAAGAACAAAGGAAGAACAAAGAGAAAAUAAAUUUCACUUUUAAGAUUUAGCUUCUUUUAUACAGUGAUUGAUAAGUUGAACUCACUUAAUACUAAAUAUAAUAAUUAUGAUCGUAAAAUUACUUAAAACGAUUACGCCCAACCAUUUAAAAAAGAGGUUUCAUCGUACAUGUUCAAUAUUUACAAGAUACGAUACAUUUUUCUAAGAAAAAUGAUAAAAGUACCCUGAUCACUUGGAUCAUUCUGGAAACGUGUCUCUGUAAUUUAGAUGUGCACAAGUGAACAAUUUGCAAUUUAAAGAAUUAUUUGCAAAAUAAUGAAAGUAAAUAUCGUAUAAUACACACGUACACAUAUGUAACAUGUGCUCCGCCUAUACAUCACGGAUAAAGAUGAUCAUUGUUAUAAUUGCACGAGUUUUUAUGU